AUGAAGGUGUCGCUCCUGCCGGUUCUUCCUCACAAGGCAGCGAUUUUCACCCCUAGAUUGAUAGUGUUCAAUGAGACUUUCGCGCCGCUGAUAAGAAAAGGAGCGCAACGCGGACGGGAGAAACCACUGGCUAUCCUGUGGCAUGAAGGAAUCGCCGGCCGGGACGCCGAAGACGUCGCUGCCACAUUUUGGCAGUAUCUGAAGGAGAACCGCGACAAAAGAGAAAUCACUAUCUACGCCGAUAAUUGUGCAGGACAACAGAAGUCGUGGGUCUUCGCAACAGUCCUGCUGACGUACAUCCAGCAGGAGGACAACGCCACACAGAAGAUCACCGUAAAAUACUUGGAGAGCGGCCAUACCGCAAUGAGUGCCGACGCGGCUCAUCAGGUGAUCCAGAAAAAGAUGGCGAAGGCGCAGCUCUGUGACUACCAGGACUUCGUCAGCGUCGUGGAGGACAGCGGCAACAGAGUCCGGACGAUGAAGGCCGACGACUUCUUCGAGUUCGAGGACGGCAUCAGCCGGCGAAAGCUGACGCUCCUGGGGAAGGAGGGGAUGCGACCUCACCUCCGUGACGUACGCGCCCUGCAGGUCCGACGUGGAGACGACAGGCUGUUCGUCAAGGCCUGCCACACAGCGAAGUCAUGGCGUGGCUUUCAGCUGCUGAAGGCGACCUACAACCACUCCGAGCCACCAAAACAGAGGACGACACCGCGGGGUGUUAACAAGCAGAAGAUUGACAAGCUCUGUCAGUAUCUCCUGCCGCUCAUGCCGCACCACAAGCGGCCGUUUUGGCUGCAGCUGCAAAAAGAGCAUGCUAGAACUGUGCGAGACCUCGCGCAGUGAGGACGGUGUGUGGCACUGGCACACUGGCACACCUGCGUGCGGCAGUCAACAGGUGGUGCUGGACUUAGUCGGCGAGUGCUGGGGAAUAGCCUGUCCUGCGCUCGCUAUUUACUCUGAAGGAUGUUGUUUGUUUAGCGUUUGUCAAAGUCGACUUUGAUUAGCUUUUUGUUAUCAAUGUGUUUAAUUUUUGCCCGAUUUGGCGUUGAUCAAUUUGGAUAUGGCUGUUAUUAUACUCCCAAGUGGGCCAAAUAUUUCUCACAUGUGAAUAGCCAUUCGACUUCGUGCACUUUUGCGUUUCUUGUUUAAAUUAAGUACACAUGUACGGCUAAUACAAUGUAUUUUGAGACCGAUUAAUAUUUUUGGCAGCCAUGAGCAU